AGGAUUUGAAUUGCUCUGUACCCUGUGGAGAUUCGUUAGUGCCGUCGGCUGCAGUCCCUGGCCUUGGCACUGAGGGGGUCGUCUUACGACUCUCUCAGCACCGCAGAGGCUCCGCUUGGUGCUUGGUGCACUGGACAUGGUGCUGAUGCAGCCCCCAGGGGAUGGUGGUGAAUUUUUAGACCUCUUGCAAUACAGAUGUAAACUCACCACACGCUGAUGGGGUCACCCAGCUGCUUCUGAGCUCACACCUUGUUCCAAAAGGCUCCAAGAGGCACCCUUCGCUCCCGAGCAACCUGUUUGCGCUUUAUGCCCUGGGUGGCCAUGACCUUGAUGGUGCAGUAAACCUGACUUCAGGGUUCCCAGGGUGCUUGAAGACUCUGGCCCCAUGACACAAAGCGCUGAUCUGACCGAACUGGUCUUGUUUAAAGUUGGCUGAAAAGAUUGGCAGCUUAACUUCUGCCUGCUAAGAUCUCAGCUGUCCCAACCUGGAACUCCCUUGCCAACUCGCUGUCACCAGCGUGUUGUGCCGAGUCGAAGGCACUGGCCACAGCCUGUGGAAAACCAGCCACCCAAAGGCGUUGGGUUUACCCCGCUGCGAUGCUUUCCCUGGUGCAGUGCAGCCCAUCCUGACCUCCCGUCCUCCCCUCCCACUCCUCCAGCCCCAGUCGGUGGUGGUGGUGUGGAAGGACAGGGCGGUGCGCAUCCCCACGCACCCAGCUCGGCACAUUCUUGCUCCCAAACCUGUCAUCGCCUUGUCCGAGGCGGUUUGGGAACAGAUUUAUGAUCCAGGGAUGGUGGGGAUGCGCCCUGGAGGAGCAGUGCUCCUAAUGCCCUCCUUGCACAAGUCCCCAUUCCUUGACAUAUGCAGAAAGAUCUGCAGACAGAUCCAGGGCUCUGGCCAGGCUUAUCCAGGAGUGGAGCAAAUUGCAUUCACGGCCUCAUCCUGCCGGAAUUUGGUCACGCUAUCGGAUCUGUGAAAGGGAAAGAGUUUAAAAUGGCAUUUAUGGCAUUUUCUCCUAUUGCUCUCUCCCCAGUCCCUGUAAAAGGAUUCCCUGCUGCAGUUUUGUCGGUGUAGCUGCUAGAGCACGAUCAAAGAUCACACUCCUGCUCAGUACAGAAAAUCUGCAGUGCAACUGUAGCGUUAGCAGCUAGAAGCCAUCCGAGGGAGGUGGCAGAGCAGCUCCUCGCUGUGGGUGCAGUGUCUUCACCAGCGAAGGCUGCCGGUGUAGCAGCAGGGACCUGGAGCCCUUCAAAGAUCUCCCGCUGGCUGCUGGGAGGGCUGUGGGCUCAGAUGUUCAUCCCAUGGGAUGAGAAGAACGAAGUGAGCCACUGAGUCCUGGCUGCUGUAGGUAGUCGUAGGCAUCAGCGUAAUAAGAUGCUGAGUUCAAAUGAAUCCACAAACACGUACCUGUCCAAGCUGCAAAACAAUCCUUAGGGCCUUUAAGAAUGUAGGGUCUUCCCUGUGGGGGUCCCAAAGUCACAAAGCUUUAGAGUACCAUAAGAAAAAAGCAGGAGAAAGGAGUGUCCUGCCAGUUCCUUGGGCCCUGGCUCUGGCAGGAGCUGCUGGGUGGAACUGGCAGCGCCCUGCCCAUGUCGGGCAGGAACCACGGUGCUCAACAGCUGCCCAGCCUACGGGGCAAUUCCUGCCUCGUCGGGCCUGAUGGCUGGGUUAAUAGGGAGCGUGUGAGGAGGAUGUGCCUGCCAAGUGUCCCACGUGCUGCCUUUUCUUUUCCUCUGAUCCCUCUCUGAUGCUUCCUGACCUGAGGAAAUGGUCUGCCUUGCAGGAGGCACUGUGCAGGAGUGCAGCCUCAAAGUUUCUGGUCUUCUGUCCCCUUCCUGUUGCCUGCAGGAACAUCGUGCUGGCAUCACACCUGAAGCCUCUAGAGAAAAAGGACAAAAUGGGGAACAAGAGAAACGUGCUGUGGAACCCUUGUGCAGGCCACACGAAGGGCCAGCAAGCCGGUGACGUGGAGAUACCCCAGGAGCUGGAUCAACUGCCUGGAACCUCUGCCGAAUUUUACCGAGAUUGGCGCAGAUGCUUAAAAAGCGGAAAAGAAAAAUACCAGCUUUUGCUUAAACUCAAAGGGAAGGCCUUGGGCAGAAUCUUUCAGGCUGACUUGGGUUUUGGCCUCCUGGGUGAAUUCCUUGCUGUGCUGGCAGAGAACAUCUGUCAUGAAGACAGAGAUGCUGUCCUUCAGAUUUUACAGAGCCUUUCUGGCACCAAGCGCUUUGGGUUAAACAUGGAUCUUCUGAGUGAGUUGGAGAAGGAGAGCACCAGGGAUUUGUUUAGGAAGCUGCAGAGCAUGAGCAGGGAUUAUUGGACCCCUGGCCACCUUAGUGGCCCAGCCAGCUGCAAAGCAGAGAGGGAAGCCCACCUCACAGACACCAGCUUGCAAAAGGAAGCUGAAGAAAGGAUAAUGAUGGAGCUGAUGAAAUGUUACCAAGUCAGCUGAAGGACAAGAAGCACCAGGGUCAUGCAGAAGCAGAGUGGAAAAGAGGCUUACAGCUUGGCUUUGGCAUUAGAUACUGUGUGAGAUGGUUAAGGAUAAUUCAGAUACUUCUGGAGUGUUGCUGUACAUUUCCCUGUACCUGGGAGCCACCCAGAGCAAUAGUUCUGCCAAAUAAAGGUUAGUUACAGAGAG